AUGGCUCUCUGCGGACGACUGGCACGUCGCGUACCUACUUCGGCGGGCCAGUUUCGUAGCAUUGCACCCUCUGUCUUUGCACGAAGCUUCACAUCCCGUACAGCUCGUCCUCUGACCUCUCUCCGCGCGAAGGGUGAUUCGACUGCGACAUACCGUCAGCUGCGCGCUUUCACAAAGGUCUCUGCGACUUUCAACCAGACACAAGAGGCACCGAAUGCGCAAGCCUACCUCAACAGCGGCGCCAUUUCUGGUGCCCGCAAUUUGGUCGACGUGAAAAAGGUCUUAGUCAUUGGCAGCGGAGGUCUUAGCAUUGGACAGGCCGGAGAGUUCGACUACUCAGGCUCUCAGGCACUGAAGGCUCUCAAGGAGGCUGGGGUACACUCGGUUCUGAUCAACCCCAAUAUUGCGACCAUUCAGACAUCGCACGUGCUCGCCGAUGAAAUUUACUACCUGCCGGUCACUCCCGAAUACGUCGAAUAUGUCAUUCAGAAGGAGAAGCCUGACGGCAUUUUCCUGUCCUUCGGUGGUCAGACUGCACUGAACUUGGGCGUGCAAAUGAAUAGGAAGGGUCUCUUCGAGAAAUACGGUGUCAAGGUUCUUGGAACAAGCGUCAAGACACUUGAGACCAGCGAGGAUCGUGAUCUAUUCGCGAGGGCACUGGACGAGAUUGACAUUCCCAUCGCUAAGUCGAUUGCUGUCGGUACUGUCGAUGAGGCUCUCGAUGCCGCCGAGAAGGUCGGAUACCCUAUCAUCGUCCGCGCUGCGUACGCGCUCGGUGGUCUUGGAUCUGGUUUCGCAAACAACGCCGAGGAGCUCAGGAACUUGUCCGCCCGAUCGCUCACACUUUCUCCCCAGAUUCUGGUCGAGAAGUCGUUGAAGGGUUGGAAGGAGGCCGAGUACGAAGUCGUUCGUGAUGCGGCUGAUAACUGUAUCACAGUCUGCAACAUGGAAAACUUCGAUCCUCUCGGUGUCCACACCGGUGACAGCAUUGUUGUCUCGCCUAGUCAGACCUUCAGUGACGAGGAGUACCACAUGCUCCGAUCUGCUUCCAUCAAGAUUGUGCGCCAUUUGGGCGUCGUUGGCGAGUGCAACGUUCAGUACUGCCUCCAGCCCGAUGGCCUCGACUACAGGGUCAUCGAAGUGAACGCCCGUCUGUCCCGUUCGUCUGCCUUGGCCUCCAAGGCCACCGGUUACCCUUUGGCCUACACUGCUGCGAAGAUUGGUCUCGGACACACCCUGCCUGAGCUACCCAACGCCGUUACCAAGACCACCACCGCCAACUUCGAACCCUCGCUCGAUUACGUCGUAACAAAAAUGCCCCGAUGGGAUCUCAGCAAGUUCCAGAAUGUCAAGCGUGACAUUGGCAGUUCCAUGAAGUCUGUCGGCGAGGUUAUGGCCAUUGGACGUACAUUCGAAGAGUCUUUCCAGAAGGCCUGCCGACAGGUCGACCCCAAGUUCCUCGGUUUCCAGGCCGAGAAGUACGGCGAGAGCCUCGACGACGAACUUGCAAACCCUACGGAUCGACGAUGGCUCGCCGUUGGUCAGGCCAUGUACCACGAAGGCUACACUGUCGACAGGGUGCACGAGCUCACCAAGAUCGACAAGUGGUUCCUGUACAAGCUCCAGAACAUUGUCGAUUGCACAAAGGAGCUCGAGGAGAUUGGCAGCCUCUUUGGUCUGAAGAAGGAAAUUAUCCUCAAGGCCAAGAAGCUUGGGUUCUCCGACAAGCAAAUUGCAAAGGCUGUCAACAGCUCCGAAGAUGAGGUUCGCGCGCGCAGGAAGAGCUUCGGCAUCAAGCCUUGGGUCAAGAGGAUUGACACAUUGGCAGCUGAAUUCCCAGCCGAGACGAACUAUCUUUAUACCACCUACAACGCCUCCUCCCACGACGUCUCGUUCGAUGACCAUGGUAUCCUCGUCCUUGGUAGUGGUGUCUACCGUAUUGGUAGUUCUGUCGAAUUCGAUUGGUGCGCUGUAAAUGCUACCAUGUCGCUCAACAAGCUCGGCAAGAAGACUGUGAUGAUCAACUACAAUCCAGAGACCUAUAUACGUAAUCCCUCUUUCCCUACACGAAACCUGCUGACACACACCACAGUACUGAUUUCGAUGUCGCUGACAGGCUCUACUUCGAGGAGCUGAGCUACGAACGCGUCAUGGAUAUCUACGAGUUGGAGACCGCCCAGGGUGUCGUCGUCUCGGUUGGUGGCCAGCUACCUCAGAACAUCGCCUUGAAGCUUCAGGAAUCUGGAAAGGCCAAGGUCCUCGGAACUGACCCCCACGACAUUGACAAGGCCGAAGAUCGUCACAAGUUCUCUUCCAUCCUUGACUCUAUCGGUGUUGAUCAGCCCGCAUGGAAGGAGCUGACCUCAUACGAGGAGGCGAAGAAAUUCGCUGACAACGUUCAAUACCCUGUCCUCGUCCGCCCGUCCUACGUCCUCUCGGGUGCUGCCAUGACCGUCAUCCGCAGCGAGGAUGAGCUCCAGGAGAAGUUGCUUGCUGCAUCUUCAGUCUCGCCAGACCACCCUGUCGUCAUCACAAAGUUCAUCGAUGGCGCUCAGGAGAUUGAUUGCGACGCUGUAGCCUCCGACGGAAAGGUCCUCGUCCACGCCGUCAGUGAGCACGUCGAGAACGCUGGUGUUCACUCUGGUGAUGCCACGCUUGUCCUUCCUCCUGUCAACCUCGAGGCCAGGAUUCAGGAGCGUGUCAAGGAGAUCGCCGACAAGGUCGCCAAGGCCUGGAACAUUACCGGUCCCUUCAACAUGCAGAUCAUCAAGGAGGAGGUUGAGGGCGCUGAGCCUAAGCUCAAGGUUAUUGAGUGUAACCUCCGUGCAUCUCGUUCAUUCCCCUUCGUCAGCAAGGUCCUUGGUACUAACUUCAUCGAUGUUGCCACCAAGGCCCUUGUCGGUCGCGAGGUGCCCGAGCCCACUGACCUCAUGAAGAUUGACCGCAACUACGUUGCUACCAAGGUUCCCCAAUUCUCGUGGACCAGGCUGGCUGGUGCCGAUCCCUACCUUGGUGUUGAGAUGUCCUCUACUGGUGAGAUGGCCUGCUUUGGUAAGGACCUCAUCGAGGCAUACUGGGUAUCUGCUCAGUCGCAGAUGAACUUCCGCCUUCCUCAGCCUGGUGAGGGUCUCCUCUUCGGUGGAGACGUCACAUCUGGAUCUCUUCAUUCCAACUCCUUGAUCCAGAUCGCCAAGUACAUCCAUACACUUGGCUACAAGUUCCUCGCCGCCAACGAAAACGUCAAGGCUCUGCUCGAGAAGAACGUUGAGGGCGUCAACGUCGAGGUCAUUGCUUUCCCCAAGGAAGACAAGCGUGCACUCCGUGAGGUAUUUGAGAAGAACGACAUUCGUGGUUGCUUCAACUUGGCCAAGUUCAGGGCCAACGGACUGCUCGACGAGGACUACGUCAUGAGGAGGAACGCCGUCGACUUCGGUGUUCCUCUGUUCAUGGAGCCUAAGGUAAGCUCGUCAUCCCUUUCUUCGCAUAGCUCGAUACUAACUACGCGACAGACCGCUGUCCUCUUCGCUCAGUGUAUGAGCGAGAAGUUGCCCAAGAAGGAGGGCAUCCCCAGCGAAGUUCGCACAUGGAGCGAAUUCGUUGGUGGACGUCCAUUGUAG